AUUGGAGAUCUCAUAUUUUUAAGUCAUUUUCAUGAACGAGUGAAGACCACCCCUAUGGGCUAUAGCUCGUUCUCAUUCCAUUCUGGUCACUAGGAACCACAAAGUACGCGGGGGAUGCGUGCAGAGUGUUCCCACAGCGUUUGCCAACCAACGCUCUUCCUUCAUAGGUGAGCAACUUGAAUACUUUUCUAGAAGUGGAACCAUAUGCUCUAAUUUCGCGGUUAUUACGCUACAGAGAAUACAAAGAAAUUCGAGGUUUCCACCUUGAUUGAAAUUCAACCCUAUAUAUUGUCUUCCAUAGUUCUGCUUUGUUCAAGACUUCAAGUCAAGCCGCCAUGCCAUGGAGAAUGGCUCCUGAAGCAGACUAGCGUGACCGUUGUCCAUUUCCAUUUCCAUUUCCGUAGGCCUGAAAUGCAUGCUUGUAGUGGAGUUUGUCUUAUUCAUUUUUCUUUUGCUGCAAUAUGGCUGAACUGAUAAGACAUAUUCUUUUACUUUCUUUCUGUGUGUCGAUCUCAUGAAUAUCGUAAUUGUAAUUUGAAUAUAUUCUAAAUUUUUUAGGGUAAAGGAGCUUAAUGAAAAUCUAUUUUAUUUGAAAAGAUUGCCUCCUACGGUUUUGGGCAGGACUGAGGGCGAAAAAUUUUUACAUAAUUAUCAGCAAGAUUCAGAAAGACUGUUGUUAUUCAUAGGUGCGCGUUGCAUUCCAUAUAGGCUAUCAUGUAAAGAUCGUCACACAGCAAUUUUCAGAGCUUCAUUAUACUUCUAGAAUUUAAUUCCACUGUAUUUGCAAGAACUUAUCAACUGAAUUACUGGAUGCUGCCUUUCUUUUCUCUGAUUUCAUGUUCAAAUCCAUGCUAAAUGUGGCAAAUUGUCUAAGUUACAGCUGUGGCACUGGGCAUAAAUAUGAACACACGGUAGCCCACAAACUACAUGAGUGCGAUGAAGGAUUGAACUUCUGAACCAUCCAACUAUAGAUUGAUUCUAGAUUCAUAGUUAAUGUGUUAUCUAGCAGCCUUAGAGCAUGAUUGCCUCCUUAUUCAGUCGGAGUAGGCACUUACUAGCCAGGCAGCUUAUCAGGAGAAAGUGUUUUCACUUUUCAGAAUUUAUCAAUUUUCUCUUAAUGGGAAAUUUGUUGAGCAGGACGUCCAUGGCAGUAGAUAUGAAAUUUUGAAAGCUGAGAAAUGGUGUCCCACAUUACAAAUAUGGAGGAUGGUGGUCAGUUUGGUGGUAGGGCACUUAUAGUAUGGUUCUCUGGAAGGCUGCAUUCUUUCACUAGAGAUACCUGGACUUGUAUACUCACGAGAUGCCCCUAUCAAUGCAAGAUUAUGCAGCCAGGGAAAGGAACUUUGAAGAUAUUGCAAUGUCUUCGUUCAUUGCCAAUGCUACAGAUGCUCCUCCAAUUUGGGUGUAAGGAAAGAUAUGAGAUUGGAUCAUCAGGCGUAAUUAGUCUGAAAGGGCAAAGUGAAAGGAGAAAUAAAUGCCUGAAUGAUUUCAUUUCCCUAUAUGGGACCGUGCCUCUUGUUUCAAAAAAUGUAAAAGCUCUAGAUGCAAGACGAGAAUGGUUCUGGUAGUUGUGAGCAUGGAAUUCUUUGGACCUCACCUCUCAGAUUCGCCUUCUUGUUGCAAUCAAGUUCUGCAGCAUGUUUAUUCCAACUGCUUGUGUUUAGAGGGGACCCUGCUUGAACGACUGGUAAGAUGUUAUUGUUAACUGACAUUUUUUACUCACUCGCGCUUAUCCGUUCAUCUCCCUUUCAUGGGCUGUUGACCUGCUGCAAGAUUUUUCUCAAAACAGACUGAAUUCAGGACACCACGAGAAUUAUGCAAAGCUUGAUAAAGAUGAUAAAUGGUUCUCAUUAUUGCAGUAAUUAUACACAAAUAAUGUCCAUAUUCAUAUGGAGGUCCAUUGUUGAGUUCGAUUCUGUCUAAAAUUUAUCAAACUUAAAUAAAUCAAAUCAAUUCAAGCUGAA